AUGACAACUCCCAGUAAUAUGCUGUACAUUUUUACCACCAAUGUUUAUGGUGGUGCGAAGAAGCUGUCCAGGGCUUUUGGAAACAGAGGAUGUUCCGGAUUCCACUCAGAGCUUCAGGGCUGCACCUGCCCGCGGAGCCAGCAGGACGCAGCGCGGCUGCCCAAGGGGACCGUGCGCGGGGGCGGCGGGAAGAAGCAGCAGCUCCGGCAAGAGGCAGCUGCUUCACGCGGCUGUGAGGGUGCGGCGAGGCAACGCCGCCGCCCUUCGCCCCAGCCGCGCCUCGGCACCAUGGACACCUCCGCGGCCGCCCGCGCGCUGCUCCUGCUCGGCGCCCUCGCGCUGUCAGUGCGGGGCGGCGCAGGCUCGGCGGGCAGCGCCGGCGGCAGGCGCCAGCGGAGCUGCCCGGCUGCCUGCCACUGUGAGCGAGACGGCGUGCUGCUGAGGGUGGACUGCUCGGACCUGGGCCUCGGCGCCGUGCCUGCCAACCUCAGCGCCCUCACCUCCUACCUUGACCUCAGUAUGAACAACAUCUCUAAACUGCCCUCCAACUUCCUGCACAAUCUCCGCUUCCUGGAAGAGCUACGUCUGGCAGGAAAUGGCCUGACACACAUCCCCAAAGGAGCAUUUGCUGGGCUGUACAGUCUUAAAGUUUUAAUGCUUCAGAACAAUCAGCUCAGACAAAUUCCCAAUGAAGCACUCCAGAAUUUGCGGUCUCUCCAGUCAUUGCGUCUGGAUGCUAACCAUAUCAGCUUCGUACCUCCCAACUGUUUCAGUGGCUUGGUUUCACUAAGACACCUGUGGCUAGAUGACAACUCUUUGUCAGAAAUUCCAGUGAAAGCCUUCCGGAGUUUGCCAGCACUUCAGGCAAUGACACUGGCACUGAACAAAAUACACCAUAUUCCAGAUUAUGCUUUUGGAAACCUCUCCAGCUUAGUAGUUCUGCAUCUCCAUAAUAAUAGAAUCUUUUCCCUGGGAAAGAAGUGCUUUGAUGGUCUCCACAGCCUAGAGACUUUAGAUCUAAAUUACAACAAUCUGGAUGAAUUCCCUACCUCUGUCCGAGCACUCAGAAACCUGAAAGAACUGGGAUUUCAUAGUAAUAAUAUCAGGUCAAUACCCGAACAGGCAUUUGUGGGCAAUCCAUCACUCAUAGCGAUCCAUUUUUAUGACAACCCUAUUCAGACUGUGGGAAAGUCUGCUUUUCAGCACUUACCUGAACUCAGAACCUUGACAUUAAAUGGUGCUUCACAGAUAACAGAGUUUCCUGAUCUGACCGGGACAACAAGCCUGGAAAGCCUAACCCUUACAGGAGCUCAGAUCUCAUCUCUUCCUGAAACAGUCUGUGAUCAACUCCCCAACCUCCAAGUACUAGACCUUUCCUAUAAUCGGCUGAAAGACCUGCCCCAUUUCACUGCUUGUGAAAAACUUCAGAAAAUUGACCUACACCAUAAUGAGAUAUAUGAAAUCCAAGUGGGCACUUUUCAGCAGCUGGUUGCCUUGCGUUCACUGGAUUUAGCUUGGAACAAAAUAUCGAUCAUUCAUGCCAAUGCAUUCUCCUCUUUAUUGUCCUUGAUUAAACUGGAUCUGUCAUCCAACCUUUUGUCCUCUUUUCCUGUAACUGGCCUAUAUGGUUUAACUCAUCUAAAAUUAACAGGAAAUCAUGCUCUACAAAGUUUGAUAUCAUCUGAAAACUUUCCAGAACUCAAGGUAAUCGAAAUGCCUUAUGCUUACCAGUGCUGCGCGUUUGUGGCUUGUGACAGCCACUACAAAAUCCAAAAUCAGUGGAGCAAAGAUGAUAACAGCAGUAUGGAUGAAUUUCAGAGGAAAGAUACUGGUGUGUUCCAUGCACAUGAUGAUCAUGACUUUGAAGAUUUUCUUCUUGACUUUGAUGAAGAUUUGAAAGCUCAUCAUUCAGUACAAUGCUCUCCUUCCCCCGGACCUUUCAAGCCUUGCGACUACCUCUUUGGCAGUUGGCUCAUCAGAAUAGGAGUGUGGACCAUAGUGGUUUUGGCCUUCAUUUGCAAUGCGUUGGUGAUUGUGACCAUCUUCAGAUUUCCGCCGUACAUCUCCUCCAUAAAGCUGUUAAUUGGACUGAUCGCUGUAGUGAACACUCUCAUGGGCGUGUGUAGCAGCGUGCUGGCCAGUGUGGAUGCACUCACCUUCGGGGUCUUUGCUAAGUAUGGCGCUUGGUGGGAGGGUGGGGCUGGCUGCCACACCAUUGGCCUCCUCUUCAUCUUCGCUUCCGAGGCUUCCAUUUUCUUGCUCACAUUAGCAGCUCUUGAGCGCGGGUUCUCUGUGAAACAUGCCACCAAGUCUGAGACAAAAGCUACCCUUGCCAGCAUGAGAAUUGCUGUUUUCUUUUGCUUUGGGUUGGCUUUAAUUGUUGCAGUGAUACCGGUACUGGGUGGGAGUGAGUAUGGGGUUUCUCCCCUGUGCAUACCAUUACUUUCUUGUAAUGACAGUAGCCUAUACAAAACUCUACUGUAGCCUGGACAAGGGAGAACUGGACAAUAUUUUGGACUGCUCCAUGGUCAAGCAUAUCGCUCUAUUACUUUUCACUAA